AUCUAGUUUCUGUCAUAUUUAUCUUUUUCCGUGUUCGAAGUGUAGCUAUGUUGGGCGGCGUCAUCAGGCGUCAUAUUGAUGCUAUGAAAAAGUGAUUUCUUUUGGUUGACAGAGAAAAUGGUGUUAAUCACGCAGUAUAAGCGUUUCGACGAAAAGAUAUUGCAAAAUGUCAAAUGCAAUAAUAUACAACAUCGACCAAACUCGAGUAGUGGAUUAUGGCUAGGUAUCUUGGUUGGCUUAAGUGCCACAGUUACAAUAAUGAAGGAAGAGAGCAGCUACUCUGAAAUAUGUCUACUCGUGGGGACCACAGGAUUCGGACUCGUUCUCUGUUCUUUGUGCCUUUACAUGCGGCUUUCCAUGCAGAGAGUUAUAGCGAAAGACUUUCAUGCCAUAUACUUCUUGCCUGCAAUUAUAACAUCCAUGCUGUUUCUACUUGUAGCUAACAGAGGACUGUUAACGAGUGUCAUAUGGGGUCUAACCGUUGGAAGUUUGGGCACGUGGGGUAUCAUGCAACUAAUGUCGGCUUUUCCCUACUGUUUCACAAUGGGAGAAGCAACAGCGAUUAUGCAUAGUUUUAUUUUGUUUCUGAUAUCGGCUGUUACCAAUUUACCCCUGCGGUAUCACUUACCUCCGAUUCAUGAUUACGAUAUCAGCACAGUUUUGUUGCAGGUUGGAAUAUUAUAUGUAGCAUUGGUGUGCUUCCUGUGUGGAUAUUUUCCUGCCCUGCAUAGCGCAAAGUACUUUUACUUUAUGACACUCAGCCUUCUGUGUUUCAUAACUCUUCCAAUACUUUACAUUGUUCUUGAUCAAAACCCAAUAAUGUGGAUAAUUUUAUUUGUUUUUAGUAAUCCUAAAAGAAUUUUGCUAGUUCUUUACUGGGCAAUAUGUCUUUUGCUAAGUAUCUUUAUCAUAAUAUAUCAGAUAUCGUCAAAGUCUCGAGCUACAACCUUGACUAGAAAAAAUUUUCAUAUAUUAGCCAUAUUCGUAUAUAUCCCUGGCAUGAUAUAUGACCCUACGUUCUUGUACCUCGCCAGUGGUGUGAUGUUGGGCCUGUUUAUUGCCGUGGAGAUGAUCAGACUUUUGAAAAUCGCACCUUUGGGAGACUUUUUCCAUCAAGGAUUUAUCGUACUUGUCGAUGAGAAGGACACCUUUCUUUCAUUGACACCCGUAUAUCUAUUAUGCGGUUUAUCGUUUCCCCUUUGGAUGCCAAGUAGUAACUUGAUGCUACUGACAUUACUCAGCGGUGUGUUAACGGUAGGAAUCGGCGACACUGCUGCAAGCUUCAUCGGUAGCAAAUGGGGCGCGCACAAAUGGCUCGACACGGAGAAAACUGUUGAAGGCACCAUCGCGUGCAUCCUUAGCCAAGUUUGCGUGAUAAUCGGCCUGACAUGCUGCGGUUUUGUGGACAAUUAUUGGUUACUGUGGAGAAGCAUCUUGGGGGCUAUAUUAAUAUCGUUGAUCGAAGCACGCACAGACCAAGUGGACAAUCUGGCUCUGCCAUUGUUGAUGUAUGUGUAUUUGAUGAUAUAAGCGCGUAUACCGUUCUUCCCAACUCGGUAUUAACGUGAUAAUUCGAAUUAUAUAUAGUUUGUAAAAAAGCUAUGGUGAUACAAUCAUUUUAUAGCUAAUUUCUAAUUGCACUUACUAGAAAUGAACAGAUUGAAUAAUUAAUAUAACUUGUGAAUACUUAACGGUCUUUUAUGGGGUUAAAAUUGUAAAAAUUUGUAUGUUAAUUGACACAUGUACACGAUCGUAUACUAAGUUGCCAUGCUGCGCAGACGUAAUUAGUCGCAAUCGAAGAUUGCAAAUAGUUGAUAGAGACUGCUUGAUUCGCGAAAGAUUUUAGAGUUACGUUUAGUCGCAAAAUAAUAUGUACAAUUGGCAUUUAUUUGUUAGAAAGAUAUAUAAUGACGUCACAAUUAUAAACGCAAUUACCUUUAUACGCGCUAUACCGUUCAACAAUUGUGUACAAAUAUUUAUAUCUAUAAAAGCAUAGCGCAUAGCGCAUUAUAUAUUUUUCUGUAUAUA